AAAAGAUAAUCAUGAUAACAAGAUUCAUUCUUGCAGGAGACAAACCCCAUCCGCAGGUGUCAACACACAUAUCCCCAUUAUCCUCUUCCUGUUCCAUUCAUCCAUUCACCACCACACCCCAAUUACAAACCCACCCCUGUAAAGAAAACCUGCAACUCCAACACUCUCCAAUGGCGACAACCCCAUUUCUCCUUCAAUCCAAGCUCAAUUCCACUCAUCUCCUUCACCAAACCCUCAAUUCACCCCGAAUCCACUCUCCCCCAAUCAAAUUCCCCCACACCCACAUCACUUUUUCCAAAAAAACCCACUCAUUUUCCCCUAAUUUGAAGAUCAAAUGCUUCUUCACAAACCCCAGACCCCAAAAAGAUCACAUUUUCAAACCAAUUGUUACCGAAAAUGGAGUGAAUCAAGUGAUUUGGCCCAUUUUGAGGUCAAUUAGUGGUUUUAUAAAGGGGUUACAAAAGCCCUUAAUAACAGGGGUUUUGUUGGGGUUGUUGUUGUUGUGUGAUCAGCACAAUGUUGCGUUGGCGGCUUCGGGUGGGCGAAUGGGUGGGAGGUCGUUUUCCUCGGGUUCGUCCACUUCGAGAAGCUAUAGUGUUCGAACCCGAGGGCCGGAUGUGUCGUUUUCGGCACCGUAUUAUGCUCCCACGCCGUUUGGGGGUGGGGGGUUCUUUGUUGGGCCGGCGGUUGGGGUUGGGUCGAGUUUUUUCUUUGUGAUGAUGGGUUUUGCUGCGUUUAUUUUGGUGUCGGGGUUCUUGUCGGAUAGGUCAGAUGGUGAUGAGGGUGGUGUGCUUACUGCUACUGAGAAAACUAGUGUUCUUAAGCUUCAGGUUGGGUUGUUAGGUAUGGGUAGAACACUACAAAGGGAUCUCAAUCGGAUUGCUGAGGCAGCUGAUACAUCUACCCCAGAGGGCUUGAGCUUCGUAUUACAAGAGACAACACUAGCUCUACUUCGGCAUCCUGAUUAUUGCAUUUCUGGUUAUUCCUCUGCGGAUGUAAAGAAGAGUGUAGAGGAAGGCGAGAAACGAUUUAAUCAACUUUCUAUUGAAGAAAGGGGCAAGUUUGACGAGGAGACUUUAGUCAAUGUCAACAACAUCAGAAAGCAAAGUACAACAAGUCAAAGAUCAAAUGGGUUCCGUAACGAGUAUAUUGUGAUUACAAUCAUCGUGGCAGCCGGAGGUGUACAUAAACUGCCGCCCAUCAACAGCAGUGCGCAAUUAAAGGAAGCCUUGCAAAAACUGGCGUCUAUUCCUUCAUGCAGAAUUAUGGCAGUCGAGGUGUUAUGGACCCCACAAAAUGAAAAUGAUACUCUUUCAGAGCGCGAAUUGCUUGAAGAUUAUUCUCUGUUGCGCCCUCUAUAGGCAAGCUGUUAUGAUACUUUGUACAUAAUAUGUAGGCAAUGAAUGAUGCAGUUAUCCCAACACAAUUUUCGAUAUGGGUUUUAUACGUUAAUGUGUGCUAUCAAAUAUGUCACUGAAAUAAUAUUAACAAAUUUUGUGGUUGUAUGGUAUGUUUUAUAGCAACAAGAAAGAAAGUUUAGCUUA